AUGGCCAUCACCGCAGACGGUGCGUCAAGCAUGCAGAAGGGUCUGAAGUACUUGCAGGUCGGCUUCAAGAACGCAAGCUUGUUAUGCCGGGACCCAUGCCACACCAUAAGAAUUGCUUGUGGCAAGCCGGCAAAGCUCGAGGAAGAAUUUGAGAAAUGGUGGUACGACAUUUAUUUGCGGCCAAAGACAGCACUGGUGCCCCAGCUACAGCACUCGGAAAAAAUGCGAUUCGAACUGAUGGCGUGCCAGCUUCUUAGCUGCAUCCAGAAGUUGAUCUUGGACACCGACGGCAAGCAAGGGGCUGGUUUGACCAAAAUCUUGAGGCACUUGAGCUUUGCGGCUCACCGCUGGGAGUCCACGGUUUGUCCGCAGCGGCGAUACGUUUUGCUUCAGAGUGCCAUCGCACUGUUCUUGUCGGUCAGGGCCACGGACAAAAGGCUGGAAGCCAAGGAGCGGCUGCUUGCGGCCAACCGUCUCCGGGAAAUGGGUCCGAGGCAUGCAGCUAUGGCCGGAGUGAGUGCCGAUUGGGGUCAAGAUGUGGGUCACCUGGUCAAACUCUUUGAGAAGACCGACCAUGACAUUGCCUUGUCCAGGUCGCACAUCAACGACUUUCUGCUUCGAGUUCGCAAACUCUACACAGAGGGCCAGAUCAUGGUCGAGGCCGACGGUCACAACCACAGUUACUUCGCCGAGGCCAUCCGGACUUGUCAAGAGAGCCCGCCGUUCAUGUUUGGGAACAGGGCCCACAUGCUCUGGCAUCCUGCUGCCAUGGACGAGAUCAAAGAGGUUCACAGCUCCAUGAUUAGAGUGGUGCAAGCCGCAUCGGACCGACUGAAAGUCGACUUUCCGGACAACGGCCUGGCCGCGGACUUCUGUGUGUUUGAUUUGAAAGAGUGGCAGAGAGUCAGGGACCUCAACUCCGAAGGUAAGGUCGAUGAUGCUCGGUCCCUGAAACAGAAGCUGAUGCAAAGGGCUGUUCGCCUAUCGCAACAGUACUUGCCUCGGAGACUGGCGGUCGGGCCAGCCGAAGAAGCCGGCCUUGGCGAAGAAUUGGCGGCAGCUGCCCUGCAGAUCUUGCCACGCAGGUGCGACAUGUUCAUGCAGACCCAAGCCUGCCUAGCCUGGAGCCGAUUCAUGCAAAGCAGUGGAGAGACGCCGGACAAUCGCUUGCUGUGGGGUCAAGUCGAUGUGGACAAGCUGGAGUUCGUGGGUCCAUUGCUUCUGUGGUACCUGAGUGUCGAGCACACAAGUGUAGCUGUGGAACAGGACAUUGGGAAAACUCGAGCGCUGCUAGAGAAACAUUGUGGACCGCUGCUUGACAAUGGGUCAACAAUCGACCAGCUUCUGAACAUCGUGUUGGAUGGUCCAAAAAACGUCUCUGAGGUCUGUGCGAAGGUUGAGGGCCAGCUUGGUUUGACGGAGUGGUCCCGAGAGUGGGCAGCCACUUGGCUGGCACGAUUGGGUCGCAGGUUCGCUGUCUACAGGGUCCGAUGCGACAAGGGCCGCAAAAGAGGACCACAGGAAGGCAGUGACAGGUCGGUUAUAGACAAACGCAACGCGUCGGUCAAGCGCAUGCUUGGAGCACAGCCGGCUAGCUUGCGUGAAAGAGGCAAGCAGACAUCGUUGAUCGGGUCCAGGUUGGCCAAGAUCCUGGGGACCCCGAACUCGGACGCCAAGGACAAACUUCAAAAGUUCGCCAAAGAGACUGCCCGGAAGCGGUUGGCGCAGCGAUUCCAGCGACCAAUGGCUUUGCCCGAGCCACGAACUGGCGAGGUCUUGGGUCCGGGCAAGGACGAGAACUUUGUCAUGCCGUCAGGACCUGGAGGAUACAGGGUCGUCGAUGGGACAGAGACGGGCCAGCUCCCGAAAAAGAAGGACGCCGUGGUCAGCCCUUGGAAGAAAGGUUUGGCCAGAGACUUCAAAAUUCUGAGGACUGCCCAUUAUGUGGUCGUCGAUGGGCUAGACAAGGACGUACACAUGGCACGAUCACACCUGGCACGGCCCGAGUCGGCCAAACUUGUCCUUCAACUUGGAAUGGUCGCAUACGGUCUUUCGGCCCUGUCACGAGAGCAAUAUGCGGCUUUGAAGCUGUCUCGGCCAGGUGGGGAAGUCUUGCAGCACAAGGCAGCCAUCCGGCAAACCAAGGCCGACAUCCUCAUGACCCCUGACUUCAAGACUGAUUGCAAGGAGUUUGCAAAGGCUUUGUCGAUCUUGGCCAAAGAGGACAGAAGCAAAUGGUCCGUCACACUUGGGUCGCAAAAAACGACGCCGCAGCAAGUAGUCCUGGCCACAUGGUCUGAUGCAGUUGUGUUUCUGCGAACAAUACGCAGAUUUGAUCGUGAAAGGUUCAUCCAGAACCCAUUCGUAGCCCGAACUAGUGCGCCUGAUAGCAGCAAGCCUUUGAGGGCAAAGCUCUCUGACAUUUUCAAGGCACCGGAAAAGUUUGGCCGAGGCAACAUGGGCUUGAUGUCGAAGACAUCCAAACGAAGGAGGGCCACGUGA